UACAGAGAUGCGCUUGUCGCGGUUGUGACAGGAGGUUGAUUACACUGCGACUUGUGACGCGAGCGCACACGCGCGCUCAACCGGUCCUCUCUCACUCGUCGGCGUAUCGCCUGUCCAGGCGCAAGCUUCAACGCAGUGUCCACCUCGGAUUAAUGGACUCCGGAUUGUGCGCGUUUCUGGAUCAACGCCACGGCAUGCGACGCAGGUACGCUGCGUUCGCGCGCGCUGCCGUUUCGACGUGACUGCGUUCCACGCCGUCGACACUGAUGUGAUUCUCCUGAACAUCGUCGGCACUGCUUCUCAGUUUAGUUGACGCGUGUGAGCUUUGGUGCUGCUCUAUUGCCAAGUAUUGCUUUGUCGCCGUCAGCGCGGGCGAUGGCCAUGGCGCGAAUGACUGCGUGGUCCGAACGCCGCUUCUGGUGGGAAUGUGCCGUCCUCUACGGCUUACUCCUCUGCUGGAUGUACAUUGGUGCGACGUCCGGAGUAUCUCGGUUCCUGCCUCCAAAGCUGGACAUCGACACUGCCUACAUCGACAUUCCUGCCAACAGCACUCUACGGAUAACAUGCUAUGGCAGGUACCCGCUGGCCUGGUCGCUGCCACCGCUCGGAGACAACGUGUCUCUCCGCUCAUCCAUCUAUGAUGAAGAGGUGGAUGGCAUUCGCCCAUUCAAGAGCGUCUUCGAGCUCAACACUACCGAUGUCAUGGACCUGGGUCGUUACAUAUGUUAUUACAACGGGACCACCGAUCUCACCAACACGGGAAAUGCCACGUCACUUUACGUCUACGUCAAUGACGACUACUACCUGUUCCAGCCGGAGAAGCAGAUGGACCAGCUUGUGUUUGUGACGGUGCGCCACGGCGAGCUGACGGUAGUACCGUGCCUGCCUACUCACUCGGGCGCUCGCGUCCAGCUCUGGAAGGACCUGGGACUGGGUGACGACGAGAUGGAGGAGGUGGUGCUGGCGCCGCACUACGUCGAGUUCGACCCGAUGCGCGGCUUCGUCAUCUACUACCCGCAAAGCUAUUACGCCGGACACUUUAUCUGCAACGGCACGGUGCCGGGACGCGUCUACAACGACUCGUCCAUGGCAGUCGUGUUUGUCUACCUGCCCCCGGUGGCCAUAGCGCCCAACGUGAUGAUCUCGAAGGAUAGCAACUUUCAUCCGGUGUUGAACGACUCGUUCACCCUCAACUGCACCGUCACAGUCGAUACGGGCAUCAUGUUCAUCAUGUCCUGGGACUACCCCGACAAGAACAGCUCCCGCAUCGAAGUGACCAAGCCCGUCCACCAGAACAAGCCGUUUGGACAAGAACGCUUCGUGCUAUCCGUGGUGACGUCGCAGCUGAUCGUUCGUGACGUGCAGAGGAGUGACGAAGGGUUGUACACGUGCUCCUGCAAGGACCACAGCGGGAAGGCGUACAACCAGUCAGUCUUUGUCUCCGUCUACGAGUCCGAACAGUUGGCGCACGUGAACCUGACCACGGACCUGGACAACUCGAAGUCACUGGUGUUUCCCGAAGGGAGCACCUUCAAGAUGGUGGUUACGGUCGAGGCACACCCUAGCUUCGACGAUACGAAGUUCUGGUGGCGCAAGGAUGGCGCCCUGCUCAGCGAAGGUGGAGACCUGCGCCUGUCGUACCGCGAACCGCGAGCCGUGCUCGAGAAGUCGAACGCGCACUUCGACGACAGCGGCGAGUACACGAUGUACGCGCGCAUAAACAACGCCACCUCCCAGAUCACCUUCAACGUCAGCAUCUCGUCCAAGCCCGUUGUCGCGGUGGUGAACAACACGGAGCUAUAUGCCCACGGUUCCAACUGCACGCUGGUCUGCAUGGUGAAAGGGAGCCAGCCGUUGCGCGCCUGGUGGGAGUGGCGCGAGUGCGUGGACCCUAGGGCGUGCGACGACCAGGGUCCCGGCCGUGUGUUCAAGAGCCUGGCCGCCGACAGCUCGCACAAGAACGCCGGAGCCCCACCGGGACACCUCGUGCGCAGCACCGAGGGACUGCGGCACCGCAACCUGACGCUGCGACUUCGCGCCCACCAGUCUGGCCUGUAUCGGUGCGUGGCCGCGAACUCGCUCGGCACCGGACUCAGCGUCGCAAGGUUCUACGUCACUGACGCAAGGAACGGUUUCGAGGUCAUCGCCUCUGACGUCAUACCCGUCGACCAGGAUCGGGUGAUGCUGAGCUGUCUGGCCAGCCAGUUCAAGUACGAAGGCCUCACCUGGAAGUGGCAACCCAAAGGCUCCUCGAAACUCGUCAACCUCAUCCCCAACGGCGACCUGGACAUCAAGAUGUCGUCGACGGCGUUCUCCAACAACCUGACCCUACUCUUCAACCCCAUCAGCAGGAACCAGUCGGGAGAGUACCAGUGCUUCGGCUCCAUUCGUGGAGGAGGAGCGCAGAGGCACAUUGAGUUCAUCAAUGUUGCCGUACGAGAUAUGCGUCCACCGGAGUUCAACGAGACCAGCCUGCACAACGACGUCCUGAGCGACGUGUCGUACAUCAACCUGCGGUGCACGGCGACCGGCCUUCCCGAGCCCAGCAUCUCGUGGCUGAAGGACGGUAAGCCGCUCAACAUGAGCGGCAUCGACCGCCUAGACGGAAACCGCUGGCUCGUCAAGCGGAAGGUGACGCCUCAGGACAGCGGCUUCUACCAGUGUCGCGCCGAGAACAGGGCCGGGGCCAUUUACGCCAACACCACCAUCAAUGUCGCCAGUGGAAUGCUGGCGCCCGCCAUGACUACCACGCACAUCGUCUUGAUAAGCGUCGUCUUCUUCAUCGCCAUCGUUUGCUUCCUCAUCGUGCUCGUCUACUGCAAGAAAUAUCGUGCUCACAUGAAAGAGGAAAAAGAGAUGGACCUGUUGACCAAGACGCUCUUCGACAAAGGCCAAGUGGACAUGUUCAACCCUGACCUCCCGCUGUGCGAGCAGGUAGAGCUGCUGCCCUACGACCAGCGUUGGGAGUUUCCCAAGGAUCGUCUCAAGCUCGGAAGGACCUUGGGACAAGGUGCAUUUGGCCGGGUCGUCAAGGCUGAAGCCAUUGGUCUGGGCGAUCAAGGACAGCCGCUUACGGUUGCUGUGAAGAUGCUGAAGGAACGUGCCGAUAUGUCCCAACGCAAGGCGUUGAUGGCCGAGCUUAAAAUACUUAUUCAUUUGGGUCGGCACCUGAACAUCGUGAACAUCAUCGGAGCCGUGACGAAGAACGUAGCUAAAGGUGUCGACAUGAAAAAUGGUACGUCCAUUAAGAUAGCUGACUAUCCACGCGUGAAGGCGGCCUCCUACGCCGAUGUCUUCAAGCGCAUCAAGAAUGGCCUCAUGAAGGACGUUAUCACGGUAGCGAAGGCCAUUCAGCAUCUGAAGCAUCGGCGUGCUUCGCUGGCUCGGCCUCCUUUUGUGCGUCACUCGGACGGGGUGCUCUACAGAUGGGAGUAG